UUUAGAAAUGUCAUUUAGUCACAUGCUGCAUGUUGUCUUUCCCAUAAGUUUAAAGGAUGCCAGGUAUGGCUUACACAAUUUUUUUCAUCAGUUUCAUGGUGGUUUUAUUUCUCAGUUUUCAGAGAAGCACUUACACUGCUCUACAGAUAUGUUCUGAUUUUAGAAGGAUAAAUGCUUUCAAUAUUUUUCUGAAAAAGUUGCAGUUGCUGUCUUCUUCUGUCAAGGAAUAUCAAAGUAAUGUGAACUCACAUAAGUCAUUCCAUACGUACUGCAAAUUGAAAAGGGAAGUGCAUUGCAGAUUUGGCUCUCAGUGUCUCUUUUUCUUUCCUAGCUGCCCAGCUGAGCGACUGGAAGUGCUGGCGUGCCUGACGCAGCUGCGGCCGCAGCACGUGGAGGUGAUGAAGGUUUUUAACGAUCCUAUUCAUGGGCACAUUGAAUUUCAUCCCCUGCUUAUUCAGAUCAUCGACACCCCUCAGUUCCAGCGCCUCCGGUACAUCAAGCAGUUGGGUGGCACGUACUUUGUUUUUCCAGGAGCCUCUCACAACCGCUUUGAACACUCCCUGGGGGUUGGCUACCUUGCAGGAUGUCUGGUUCGUACACUGAAGGAGAGACAACCAGACCUGGGUAUAACCCAGCGUGACAUCCUCUGUGUAGAAAUUGCUGGGCUUUGUCACGAUUUGGGUCAUGGGCCAUUUUCACACAUGUUUGAUGGAAGAUUUAUUCCACUCACUCGUCCAGAUUUGCAGUGGAAGCAUGAAACUGCGUCUGUUCAAAUGUUUGAGCACUUGAUCACUUCCAAUAAACUAGAAGAAGUCAUGGAAUCUCAUGGUCUUGUUCUGGAGGAAGAUAUGUUGUUCAUCAAGGAACAGAUAGGAGGGCCUAUAGAUGAAACUGCCUGUGUGAAAUCGUGGCCCUACCGUGGUCGUCCAAAGGAGAAAAGUUUCCUCUAUGAGAUUGUAGCUAAUAAAAAAAAUGGCAUUGACGUUGACAAGUGGGAUUAUUUUGCAAGGGAUUGCCACCACCUGGGAAUCCCAAAUAAUUUUGACUAUAAGCGAUUGCUUAUCUUCACUCGGGUCUGUGAAGUGAAAAACCAGAAGCACAUCUGUACUCGUGAUAAGGAAGUUGGAAAUUUGUAUGAGAUGUUCCACACCCGGAACUGCCUGCACCGGAGAGCAUACCAGCAUAAGACUGGCAACAUCAUUGAAAUAAUGAUAACAGAAGCUUUUCAAAAAGCCGACAAAUUUUUUGAAAUAAGAGGCUCUGGAGGAAAAGUGUAUCGGAUUUCUACAGCAAUGGAGGACAUGGAAGCCUACACUAAGCUAACUGACUGUAUCUACCUGGAAAUUCUUAACUCAAGUCAUCCAGAACUGGAAGAGGCACGAAAAAUUUUGCGUAAAAUAGAACGACGUGAAUUAUACAAGUUUUUAGGAGAGACUCGACCUGAAUCCAAGACAGAAAUUGUAAAGAGUAAUAGCCUGGCAGAAAGCAUUGCUAAUAGCAAGCCACAGAAGGACCCUCCAGAUGUGGAUCUAAAGGCUGAGAAUUUCAUAGUUGAUGUUAUCAGCAUGGAUUAUGGAAUGAAGGAACAGAAUCCAAUUGAUAAGGUUCACUUCUAUUGCAAGGCCGAUCCUUCCAAGGCAGUCAAAAUCAGUAAAGAACAGGUUUCAAAGCUUUUACCCAUAAUAUUUAUGGAGCAGGUUGUCCGGGUUUAUUACAAAAGUCAGGAUCCACGUAUUAUUUCAGCUGCAAAACAGUACUUUGUUCAGUGGUGUAUGGAGAAUGAUUUCACCAAACCACAGGAUGGUGAUGUUGUCGCUCCUCAUCUAACUCCAAUGAAGGAAACCUGGAAUAAUGUGACAGAUGAUGAACACAGGAGAGCCUCAGAGCCCAGCUGCAAACAAAGGCUUUCUUUUGAUGAGUAACAGGUUUCUUUUGGCACUAUUCAGUCUGCUUCCUCAGAAGAUGAAUAAAUUUGAGCAUCAACUCUUCUAAAAACUGGACAGACUGGAAGAAUUCACAGAACAAUGCAAAAUGCAUUUUACAAUACAGAAUGUUUUAAUGUAGGUACUUAAAGUGUAUAUUCCAGGUGGACUUCUGAAAAACAACUUAUUACAACAGAGUAAACUAAGUUCUCAUUUAUUUUUGAAUGUAUUGGCACUGUGUAGCAAGAGUAACUUUAAAAAUUGCAAUUAAUUGUUAUUACAGGAUUUUACUAUUCCAUCAAGUCCUGAUCCCUUCCUCAGCUGUGCUAUUGCAUAACUUAGAAAAAAAAUCCCAUGAUGGGGUGUUUUGGAGGCUUGGGGUUUUCUUAGUGUCUGAGGAAGAAAGAGAUAAGUAUGCUUCUGAAAAUAUAGUGGGGUAAAGAAGAAAUUACCAAGUGUGGCAUCUUCAAAAUUAGCAAAAUUAAUUUCAUGAAAAAAAAAGGAAGGGAGAGGGGAAUCUUGAUAAUCAAAGAUUAUUUUUCUGGUAUUCAAAAAGCUGGUGCAGCCCUCUUGCUACAAGUGACCUCAAUUUUUAUUGAAGUAACAAUGCAUUGCAGUGCCAUGCAGCCUUUUAUUGUUUCAUUGUGGAUUUUUGAUACAUAGAAUAUUACAUUUUUUGCUGUCUGUCCUGCAAAGACUGCUCAAAAGCCCAGUGGUGUGAGUGGUUGCAGGAAGGCUGAGCUGCCCAGGUGUUAGGCAGGCUCAUGUGUGCGGAGAGGGCAGUGCCAGCAGGGUUCUGCCCUGCUCUGCCCAUCCUGCACCUAGUGCACCUUGGCUCUACUUUGCACUGUAAUGGACAGACAGGCUCAUCAGGAACCCCUCCAUUCUCGUAUCCCCAUCCUGUUCUGGAUCUCAUGGCCAUCCCUGUAUCAUUUUUCUGUCUCUUGCAGAUGUGUGAGGGUUCUUUCAGUUUUCCUGUACUCUGGUGUGAGUGUUCUGAAUGUCUGUGCUGUUGAACAGGUGACCGAGGAAGACCAUUUUCCUCUCAUCUUUUAUUCUGGUCUAAGAGGAAGGCUGCUUUCAUUAAAUAAAACCUCAAAGCUUGAAAAAGUCUGACCACAAAACUAAAAAUACAAAGUAAAAGGUUCAGUAAUGCUCAGGAAUUUGAGCCAUCUGUGAUCUUUAUAUCUGGAAGGGGGAGUGAGGUGUUGAGCAUCUGGCUCAGGCAGUCAGAUGUGGGUGGCCAGAGUAGGUAGUGAAAAAUAACCCAGUGGGAAGGUGCUGUGAGAAAACUCCAGAACUCCUGCCAUGUCUCCUUUGCCCUUUUUAUCCUGGGAACUGAUGCUGUUAGACAGAGGGAGGGAAAAUGAGUAAAAAAUCCAUGUACUUCUGCUGCUUAUGUAUCUGUGCUCAUGUGUCUGAAGGUGUAACCUCUUGGUGUUCCUGUCUAAUGGUAUUUCAAACCAGGUAACUGGUUAGAAGGGUUUGUGACCUCUUUAAAAGCUUUUUAAAAACUUACUAUUCCUCGUGAAACAAUAUCUUAGAGGGAAGGCAUUUAUCUCCCUUGUCUGCCUUGAAAAUCAAGUACUGUUUUGAUACAGUUUUGUUCUUGUUGAUUUGGUUUGUUUUUAAUUUGUUACUAACUGCACUUUAUACUCAGGAAAGAUCUUUUUCUUAUGUUAAACCAAAAGUUUAUACUUAACGUUAGAUUCUGAGAGCAUUUCUUUUCUCAACAUGUUCAUCCUCUCUGAAGAGUAAAUUUAUAAACUGAUUUUACUAUUCUUUUAAAAAA